AUGGCUCUUGAUUCUGCAAUCCCCAUCACUCUAAGUUAUUUCCUAUCAGCUGCUACUAUGACCUAUGCUCAACACUUAACACAAGUGCUUCUAGAACCACCAAUCAAUCUGUUGUAUCCUGGCAUUAUGACGUUUGUGGUGGGCAUCAUUGACAACUUCUACCACCACUACCUUCUGUCCAACUUGAGGGAAAACGGUGAAAAGGAGUACAAGAUUCCAAAGGGUUGCUUGUUUGAGUUUGUGAUAUGCCCCCACUACCUUCCUGAGAUUAUUCAGUUCUAUGGAAUCUCCUUCAUUUCUCAAACACUAUAUACAUUCUGUUUCACUGUAGGCACUACUUUCUACUUGUUGGGCCACAACUCCUACUUAACUGGAAAUCAAGUUAGCAGUGCUAGCAGUACUUCUGCCAUAAUAAAUGAAAAUGGAGUUGCUUAA